AUGGACAAGUCUUUAGUUUAGUAAUUAGGAAAAAUACAUGAAUAUAGAAAAGUUCCAAAAGAACUGAUAGAAUAAUACAUAAACAAGUUAGAGUUUUGUGGUAGAUACUUCGACUACAAUGAUGAAAAUAAGGAAAUUAAAGAAAAAAACGAUAGGCUUUACUAUUUGUAGCAGAUUUCAGAUUUAUUAUAGGAAAGUAAUGCUUAUCCCGCUCUAGUAUUACCCCACUUCGAGUAGUUAAUGAUUAUGAUUGAAAACAAUAUUUUUAGGCCUUUACCUAUAUAAAAAAAUAGUAAAAAGCCAGAUUUUAACGCAAAAAGGCAGAGAAAAUUCAAUAUAAAUUAUAUUAAUAUGUUAAGCAGUAAAAAUAGUAUGCAUGUAUGA